GUAAACCAACAUGCAGACUUAUCAGACAAUUGCUAUACUAGCUACACUUUUGGUGGCCGCUCAAGCGGGCACUGUCAACUUUGGUGACAUUAUGGGUGAUGUUUCCAAGGUGGCAGUUGCUGGUGAGAAGCAGUGGCAUAAGCUGGCGCAACAGUUUCCCAUUGAGUUGCCCAGUGGAUCCAAGCAGAUCUUAUAUGUGAAGCCAGAAGCUUACAAUGUACUGAGCGAUAUGGCCAAUUCCUUGGGUGAUUUGGCUAACGCCAUCACCAGCUUGAAUGUUAAGCAGCAGCAAGCGACUUAUGUCAAGCCGGAGGCCUACAAUGUAAUCGGCGAUGUGCUGGGUGGUGUAGCCAAUGGACUGGGUGAUCUGGCUAAUGCCAUCACCAGUCUGAGCGUGCAAAUGAAGGCUCAGCCCAAUACCUACAGUGUUGCUUCCGAUGGUGCCUCCAUUAUUGGUGAAGCUGGCGGAAUCAGUGCCAAGACUAUUGCCGCCGCUGCCAACGCUGCUGCUCCCUAUGUAAAGCAAAUUAAUGCUGGUCUGGGCGAUUUGGCUAAUGCCAUUACCAGCCUUUAAAUGCGCUAUACACAUUGCUGUUUUAUCAAUUAUGAAAUAAAAUAUAAACUUCGCUUGCUUUUUUCUAAAUCAAUUAAGCAAGUUCACCAGCAAGUCUGAACAUCAAUUAA